GCCCUCCUCUGACAGCCUCCGCGAGUCUCCUGCGCUCAUCGGGGCUGCUGGGCUCGCCUUAAAAUGAACCGCUUUGCAGGGCGCGGGGGAGCGUAGCGGGAGCGAGAUGCCCGCUGGAGCUGGCCGGCUGCAGUCAUGUUGCAUUGGAAUGAGGAAGUGGAGUGGAGAGGGGAGGGACUGAGAGCGGAGCUGCCUCCUGCCGCGGCUCUGCUGCGAGGAGGAGCCGCAGCACAUGGAGCUGGAGAGGACUGGGAGAACUGUCUGCAGCCAGCCCCGGCCAGAGCAGAUUACUUGAGGAAAAUGGAAACAGAUGAGGCUCAAGAUAUGUCUCAGGUUUCAGGAAAGGAAAGUCCUCCAAUAAGUGAUGUCCCAGAUGAUGCAGAUGAGCCCAUGCCUGUACCAGAAGACCUUUCAACCAGUACAGGAGGACAGCAGAAGAAUGACAGAGUUUUGGCUACAUAUGAGGCUGAAGGCUUUAGAGAUUUUCACGCAAUAAUUCCCAAAUCUUUUUCCCCCAGUAAUAUUAAAAUAGAGACUCAGAGUGAUGAAGAGAAUGGGCGUGCCUGUGAAAUGAAUGGGGAAGAAUGUGCGGAGGAUUUACGAAUGCUUGAUGCCUCUGGAGAGAAAAUGAAUGGCUCACACAAUGGCCCAGGCAGCAAAGCUAUGUCAGGAGUUGGAGGCAUUCGACUUCCUAACGGAAAGCUAAAAUGUGAUAUCUGUGGGAUAAUUUGCAUCGGUCCCAAUGUGCUCAUGGUUCACAAAAGAAGCCACACUGGGGAACGCCCUUUCCACUGCACUCAGUGUGGAGCCUCCUUUACUCAGAAGGGCAACCUCCUCCGCCACAUAAAGUUGCAUUCAGGCGAAAAACCCUUCAAAUGUCACUUGUGCAACUAUGCCUGCCGACGCAGGGAUGCCCUCACGGGCCACCUGAGGACUCAUUCUGUUGGCAAACCUCACAAAUGUGGAUACUGUGGCCGAAGCUAUAAACAGCGCAGCUCUUUAGAAGAACAUAAAGAACGCUGCCACAAUUACCUGCAAACCAUGAGCCUCUCAGGCAGCUUGUAUCCAGUCAUAAAAGAGGAAACUAACCAGAGUGAAAUGGCUGAAGACUUGUGCAAGAUAGGGUCAGAGAGAUCCCUCGUGCUGGAUAGACUAGCAAGUAACGUCGCCAAACGUAAGAGCUCUAUGCCUCAGAAAUUUGUUGGUGAGAAAUGCUUGUCUGAUGUUCCAUACGAUGCCACCACUAAUUAUGAGAAGGAGAGUGAGAUGAUGCAGACUCAUGUUAUAGACCAGGCCAUUAACAAUGCCAUCAGUUACCUAGGGGCAGUCUUGCGUCCCCUUGUGCAGACACCUCCAGGCAGCUCUGAAGCAGCACCUAUUAUCAGCUCCAUGUAUCAACUCCACAAACCUCUUGGGGACAAUCACUCUCGUUCCAAUCAUACUGCUCAGGACACCGCGGUGGAAAACUUGUUGCUACUUUCCAAAGCCAAAUCCAUCUCCUCUGAAAGGGAUGCUUCCCCCAGCAACAGCUGCCAAGACUCAACAGAUACAGAGAGUAAUAAUGAGGAGCGCAGCGGUUUAAUUUACCUGACGAAUCACAUAGUUCCCCAUGCAAGAAAUGGCCUGUCUAUAAAAGAAGAACAGAGGCAAUAUGAAGUCCUGAGGGCAGGUACUGACAAUUCCCAUGAUGCUUUCAAAGUGAUCACCAGCAAUGGGGAGCAAGUAAAAGUUUACAAGUGCGAACACUGUAGAGUUCUUUUCUUGGAUCAUGUGAUGUACACCAUCCACAUGGGCUGUCAUGGGUUCCGCGAUCCUUUCGAAUGCAACAUGUGUGGCUACCACAGCCAGGACAGAUAUGAAUUCUCUUCUCACAUAACACGAGGGGAGCACCGUUUCCACAUGAGUUAAAACCCCUCCCACACAGAUGCGACCUUGUCAGCUGUACUACUGGAGCUGUAUGAACAACAAAAAACACCAGUCUAUUGGACAGUAAAAGCAUCCAGAAAUGAAAAUUAGAAGACCUGGCCCCAGGAGUUUUCUCUCUUGGUAGCAUGUAUUGCAACUUAAUUUUAUAAAAUGCAUAUUGAUGUUUUUAUUGCAAAUAUUUGGAUCACCAAACCUUUAGUAAGUAGGAGCUUUUGUAGUCAGGUAGCUGAAUCCACUUCCUUCUAGCUAUUGCUUUCUGCAGACCUCUCUCCCCAACACAUUAAGCAUGUACACAAUGCACAAAACUUGGCCUGAGGGCUAGAAAGGCCUUGUGCUAACAUGCUGAGAAUAGGGCUCUUGCACCAGAUAUAAUAUAUAUAUAUAUAUAUAUUUUUACUUCCCAUUAUUACUUGGGUCAUUAGGAAGACUUCAUAAAAUAAAGACAAAGCAGCCCCAACCAGGACCCUUGAGUGGUGCCAUGGGGACCUGGAAUGGUGUUGCAAGCCUAGACCCUUAACUGGCACUAUUUUAGCAAUGAAGUAAAAUAACACAAUAGCACACACUGACGUGUGUAUUUUCUUGCCUGCAUGGCAUACCUUAUUUCUAUUGUGAAGCAUAAGACCAGCUGUUUGAAGGACAUGAGCAACACCCUUGUAAUACAUAACUCUGGAGUGGAAAUUGCAUUUAUUUGGAGAAAAGGGUUUUGUUUGCCUUUUUUAAAUAAUAUUUUCCCUCCCUAUCCAAUAAAAACUCACUUUUUUCUUAAAAAUAUAAGGUUUAAAAAUCUUUCCGCAUAAGAAAACAGCCAUUUAUGAGGACUUUUUAAAAGGAGUUUUAAUUAUUUAGAAAAAUAUGGUAUUCAGUAGGAGAGAGACAAUGUUUGGAGAAUAUUUUUAUGCACCCUUCUUUCAUUUUGGGGGUAAAAUUUUUAUAACUGGCUGCAAAAUUUCCACAUUCACCCAUUUUACAUAUGAAAAUGUCCAUUCUGCUUGCAUAGCAGGUACUCUGGCUAAUUUUGUGGGCUGUGUCUGGAAAAUUUAGCCCACAAUGAUUUUUUUUUGAAGCACUGAAAUGAAUUAAACAGCCAUUUAAAAAACGUAGUGCCUAUCCUUCCCCUUUCUCUACAAUUAACUAUUCAUUAAGAGAUCCAUCCUGCAGGAUACUGAGCACUCUAGGCCUGAUCUGGCAAAGCACUUCAGCAUUUGCCUGAGUAGUCACAUGAACAUAAAUGGAACUAUUCUUAUGCUUAAAGAUAAUCCCAAAUUUAAGGGGCUUUUUGCUGGAUUGAGGGCAAAGCAAGGAUCAAACCAAAAACAUUUAUUCUUUCAUCCCCCUCCAUUCAGCACCCCCUUCAUGGUAAGAUCCUCCCGACUAGCUGUUUAAAUUCUAGUAAAAUGAAAAGACGUCUGAAGCACAAAGACAGCUGAUAGUAAAAACUGCCAAUCUGUUUGUCUCUUCUUUAGUUCCUCUUCCAAAUAGCUCAUUCCUCUCCGCAAACAGCCUACUGGCUUUAAGACUGGGUAAUAGUGAUAUUUAUGCAACUUGGUUAAGAAUCGCCCUGCCGAGCUGGAAUAUUUCCACAACAGUACAGAUACUAAUAAUUAAUGUCUGAGUUGCCCGACCCAUUGAAUGUACAAACAUUUCCACUGUAUAAGAGAUUGGUACUACUCCAUAAACAAAAAACACGUAUUGCAACACGACCAUUUCUUAAGUUUUGUAAUACAGUUUUAUAUAUAUAUAUUAUGGGCCAAAUUCAGUAGCACUAGUGCACUUGCACCCAUUGGAUCUGAUUCAUCCUUGGUACAUCUAUUACAUAUGUAUACUAUAUAUAAACAGACAGAGGGGUCCUGGUUCUGCUUUCACUUACGCAGCUGUAAAUCAAGAGCAACUCCAUUCAGGCAAUGGAAUGAUAUUGGUGUAAGUGAGAUUUUAAUAUCACACACAACACCACACACACACACACACACACACACACACACACACACACACACACACCACACACCCUACCUUUGUUACACUGUACAUUCAUUCCUAACUAUAAGAAAUUUACUUUGUAAAAGCCAGCUCUUUGGAUCACAAGGGGGAUAUUAUGUAGAAAGAAUGAUAUAAUGCAUAGACUGUGUAAACACAUGCAAACACACUUAUGCACAUACACUGGUGAAUGGGAAUAGGAACAUCUUAACUUGCCGGUAGGAUACCAGAAAAGAGACAGUAAUAUAAAACUAUAGCCCUGAUUGUGAUCUACACUGGGUAAAUUCCAUUGCCUUAAGUGGAGGUACUCCUGGUUAGACUCUGGCCCCUAUGUAUCAGGCUGGGCAAAGCCAAGAGGGGGCGUUUCUAUCCAUUUUUUUGUGCCAAAAGAUUUCUCACUGUGUCUAUUGCCUAUUUUGUGUCAACAAAGGACUGUGCAUACUGGUGAGCCAACAGCAUUUAACUGCUUCUAGGAAGAAUCUGAUGUUAAACUGCAAGGGAAGGGCAGAAAUAACUUACACUAAGAUGAGUUUUUUUUUAACUUCAUAGUUUAUAUUCUAUUUCUUUUUAAUUUUCAUGCGUUACAGGGCCCUAAUUCAUCUGUCCUUCAUCCUCACACCUUCCUUGCAGGCUGUUCUCCCUGCCGUUCUGAGCAGGGAGGUACAGUGUCAUGGCUGAGAGUCUCUUCAGUGACCUGUUUGCAUCAGUAGCAGAUAACUGGACAGCCUGAGGAAUGUACCUUAUCUCCUGGAAACAGGGAGCUGGUUCUGUUACUGAUAUUUAUGGCCCUCUCACAGUGUAAAGUGUUAUUACAAUCUAUACACAGAUUAUUUUAGCUUUUGAACAAAAAAAUCUUUUCUUAACACAGCUCAGACCCUAAGGAAAACACCCUUUUAGGGCAUUUCUUUCCUAAAGCCCACAAAACAGAGGCCAAAGUCACUACUGUUGUAAGUAGGCACAUCUCCAGUGGACUGGUACCCACCUAGAGAUGUGUGGAGUCUGGCCUUUAGAGUGAAAUGUUCAAUUAUAAAAUUUACAAUUUCUGAUUCAGAGGAUUUCUCUGCAUUUAAAUAGGUUGGGGUUACGUCACUUGUUUUGGCAACGUGCACACCCAAGUGUGUGGUUGUGUGGCUCAUACAUAACUCUAUAUAGUUAUGUAUCAUAGGAUAAUUUUCACAGUGGAUGUGUUUCUUGGCUCUAGGCUUUUCCUAUUUAUAUGAGAGUAUGUGAAUGUUGUACAAUAAACAAUACAGUUGUAUAAUUUAGCUUAUUAAUAAGAUACAGUGUAUCAGAAGGAGUAGCCUAACAGCAGUAGCAGCAACAUUCCUUGUUUGUAGAGGGGCUUUUGUUUCCCAUUGUUUGCACAAAAAUCAUCCUCUCUUUGUUUGGAAAGAAAUGUAUUGAUAAUUUUAUUUAUGGGGAUGAACACAGGAGGGAAAAACGAUCCAUGUACUAGGAGCUCAUCUGUCUGCAGCUAAACAAAUUGUGCCCAUAGAUAACCAUGUUAGUGUAACCUCCCUUUUCUCCUCCUGUGACCUGGUGUACUAGCCUAUCAUGGUUUAUCUCUAACCUAAAAAACAAAGAGAGUAACAUGGUGAACGGCUUUAAGUUAAGUUGAUAUCUGUUUUUAAAAAGAUGUAAAUAGCAACAUAGUAAGAACUGCUUUUCAGAAUUUUUUCCACAGCUGAUUUCUCCUCCCACCCCACCCCUGCCUUUUAUAUCUGAUAUAUAAACAUGUUGUAUUUACACAUUUUUUUGCUGUGAAUUUAUAUUGUAAACCCCUUUUUCUUUAAGACCAUUGUAUUUACAUUUCAAAUUUUUAUGAAAUUUGCUUGAUUUUUUUUAAUUAAAUUAUGUCUGGAAGGUGAGAUCUAUCUUGUAAGAGAGACAGCUUGGUAAAAGACUUGUCUUUAGUUGCUGUAGUGACAUUCUGCACAGCUUAAACCCCUUCGUGCAUGAGUGACUCUGUGUGCACAUGUAAGAGAAUGUGCACAUACGUGGGGGCAAAGUGGAGCAAGGAAGAGAGCAUGAAGCUGAGCAGCCUGAUUUUCUGUUCGCAUCUACCCUAGUGUAAGUGUAUGGAAGUCAGUAAAGUUAACCCAACCUAACACAAGUGGGAGACAAUCAGACCCUUGAUCUUUAUACAUAGCAGGUGAAAUGCAGCAAGGGAGCAGUUCUUCAUUGUGGCACAGCACUGAUGUAUUUUGGCCAUAAAAUCCCAAGAGAGGGGCCCUGCCUGAGUCAUGCGGGGGGGUGGGGGGAGGAUGGAUGAUCCUGCAGUUUUGUACAGCCUAAACAGGGUGUACCUAAACCACUAACAACUUCCUUUGCUGCCAGCAUAUAGGGGGAAGGGAAAGGGAGCACAAUCCUAGGCUAAGUGUUUUUGGCGCUUACAAGCCAACCUAAUUUAGGAAUGCCUCAGUCUUCUCUACUGCCGCAUAAAGAAGAUGGCAUGCAGGGAGCAGCAGGAUCCAGCCACCACAAAUGAGAGCUUGAAGCCUCCUAUACACCCACAUCUGACGCCCGCUCUUCACAUUUAAGGCUAGCUUCACAAAAGGAUUUUGGUGCCUACCUGCCACUUUUAAGUGCAUAAAUCCUCAAAUCAGGCUUCACAGGCUUUCACAAUACCUCUGCUUAUCAGCCCUGUCAACUGCCUGCCCUCUCAACUUUUGCUGUAAAAAAGUUUCCUAGGCUCUUGCUUCUGCAUAGGAAUACUGCAGCCUCCACACCACAUGUCCAGCUGCCUAAGCCCCAAAGUGAUUCACAAGUUGAGGCAAGAUAGGUAUUCCUCCAUCUAACUUCCCUGCAAGGCACAACACAGUAAGUUCGGCGCUUACCUACCAGAUCAGGCCGCUAUAGACACGUUCACACAAAAUAGCCGAGGCAAGGGAGAAGAGCUCCCUCAUAACCCUUAGGCCUGACGUUAGACUACUCAUCUGGGAGACCCUGUACUGACCGCUCAAGUUCAAAUAUCCCUUCCACCUGAGAGUGGGAAGGGAUUUGACCAGGAAUCUAGGCAAGUGCCCUAACCACCACUUUUCAGAGCCUAUGCACCCAACUCAGGUUUGUGAAUCCCAGUGAUUUCUAGGCACCUAAAAAUUAGGUGUGGUAACACUCAGAAUUGCCACACCUAUGUUCUGUUGUGACUCUAGCCCUUAGGGACAGCCUGGAAAACUGGCUCUGAAAUUGCUGUUUCAGUGCCCUCUCCCUACAACUAUCAGUUUGACCGAGUGGUAUUUGACUUUCUUUAUCUCUUUCACUCCAGCCCUCGCUCCGCUCUUUCGCUGCCAAGGAUAGCUAUAAAGAACACAAUCAUCCCUGCUUGAAAAGUCAUGGUAAUUAGGAACACAGCACCCUGGAAAUGAUUUCCAUUAUAAUUUACUGUCACAAUGAUUUCUCUUCUGGACCUUUCAGCAGAGUCUCCAUCCCUACUAUCCCUUUCAAACCUUCUGCAUAAACAAUGACCAAGGGGAAUGCAGCUCUGUUUUUGUUUCUAACAAGGAGUUUGUAAGUAUUUUGUACAGCGGUGAUUUGUGAGCACACCGUGACGAGGGGGGAAAAAACUCAGGACAGCGUGCACAACAGUUCAUACUUUAGGGUACCUCAAAUCCAAAUUUGGUCAAGUGAAUUUAUGAUUUUGCUAGUCAUAGUAAACCACACAUACAGCUUUGUUUCCUUAUUUACUGUAACAUGCAAAUUAUAUCAAAUAAAAUUACAUUACAGUUUUAAAUUUCAGUAGGCAGCACCUGUGGAAAUAAACAUGGGCUGUUUUUAGAUCUUCCAGUCACAUGCAUUAGUCCAAAUCUUGAUUGCUUUACUCAGUGUUACUAAAUCCUUGCACUCAGCCAAAAGACACCUAUUGACUUAAAUGGGAGAUUGUGAGAGUAAAAACUGCGCAAGGACCUCAGGGCCCAUUGGGAACAUGCACAAUGUUUCAGAGACACUUCAUUGCACCUUUCGUAGUAUUUGCUUUGCUGUCCUUACGGCCUGAUUAACUUAGAUACCAUUGUAGGUGCAAAGACACCGAUAGGCCACAAGUGCUAUAGAAAUGCAAAGUAUCAUUAACACCGCCCAAUAUUUUCAUCAUUGGGUAAAUCUACAUUUAGGCAUCUAAAAGUCAAAAGGUAGUUUAAGAAGUGCUCAGCACCCACAAAUCACAUCAAAACCAGUUGGAGCUGUGGAUACUCAGCACCUUCAAAAGUCAGGCCACUUUUACUUAAGUAUCAAAAUGUGGAUUUAGAAGCCUAACUUUAAGUACCCAGAUCUGAUAACGUUGGCUUUAUAUUAUUUAUUAUUAUUAUCUUUAUAUUAUUAUUAUUAUUAUAAAAAUACUUAUUCAAACUGUAACUAGAAAAAUCUGAUUUAUUCCCUUCCCAUAGGCUGAACAUGUUGAAUUAUUUUGGUUAACUUGUAAGUUAGAGGUAGUCAGAAAAUAAGGGCUAUACCACUGUCAAAACUGGAGUUUUCAGCAAAAGCCAAACCAAUCAACCUGCAAAUUUUUUGGCUGAAAUUCCAAAUAUUUUUAUUCUGAACUGCUACUGCAGUGCCUCAUUCUCCUCAAUGGGCCAAUUGUCUUGGUUGGACUACAUCUCCCAUAAUGCACCACAGUGUCCCCUCUCAGCAAGGGGAGGCAAUGCACUGUAGUAGUUGCCUGGCCACACUGUAUCAUGGAAGAUCAAGUCCAGCUAGGGAGAGCAGACCAUAGAGGACAAUGGGAGCUCAAGCUACCCGAUGAUGGUCUUUGCAGACACAUGGUCAUGCACAGAUGCCUUGGUGGGUGAGCACUUAGUUAACCACUGCUCUGCCCGACACCAGACAUCAGUAAUUUCAUGUUCAAUGCACAUUACGAGUGUUAACUUUCCCAUGACGCCUGGCAGGUGAGUAUGGCAAUACUGUCAUCCCAUUUUACAAACAGAGUAACUGAGGUACAGAGAAGUUAAGGUCCAGCUUUCCCAGGCCAUGGGCUCUUCUCUUUUGGUACUUCAGUUUCUGGGCAAACAGCAUGAAACACCCAGAGCUUGCUUUUCAGAGGUGCUAAGUAACCUAACUGAAACCAAUGGGCGCUGCAGAAGCUCAGCACCUCUGAAAACCUAGGUUGUCUAAAGCUGGGCACUCAAAACCUGAAGCCCCAAAAUGGAGGAUACUUUCCUCCCCCCCCCC